UUCCCGCUUCCCGCCAAGAAGCUGUCAAUUGUCAAAAAAUCGAGGCAAGUUGCUUGGAAGUAGGGGUUAUUUAUUUUCUUUAUUUUAUUGUAUUAGUAAAAAUCAGUGAUAAAAAUUUUGACGAUGGCGAAACCUGAAGAGAAUGAAGAAUAUUGGAUUGAAAAGAUGAAUGUGUUGUGCUCAGAUUUGAAUGUAGACCCUGCUGCUGCGAAAAAGUCUAAGGAAUCAUUUUUAGAAAUUAAACGAAAUUAUACUUUGGAUGGUGAUUCUUUACAUUGGAUGGCUUGUGCUAUGUACGUAGCGUGUCGAACAUCGAUGACUCCAACAGUCCAGUCGGGAUCAGCUGUAGAGAGCAAUUGUGUGAGCCUCACAAGGCUACUAAGACUAUGCAACAUAAGUUUGAUCCAGUUUUUCACAAAAAUCAAGAAUUGGAUGGAAAUGGCAUCAAUGCCAAAUGAUUUCAAAGAAAGGAUUUCACGGUUGGAACACAAAUUUGCAGUUUCAACUGUCUUGUUUAGGAACUUCCAACCUAUGUUUCAAGAAAUAUUCUCUGGUUUGACCAAUGAGACAAUCAAAUCAAUGAAUAUCAAAAGUAAAAAACACAAAUGGCAACCAUGUUCAGCAAAUGCACUGUUUGAGUUCACAUGGUGCCUGUACAUAUGUGUGAAGGGAGAGUUCCAGAACUCCACAGACCUUGUGGACAUGUAUCACAUGCUGCUUUCAUGCCUGGACUUUGUGUUCUCCAAUGCAUUCAUGGCCAGGCGGAUUGACUUGAUCAACCCAAGUUUUAAAGGAUUACCAAGUGACUGGCUUCAAGACGAGUUUGAAGUGCCUAAGAAGCCCCCUUGCAUCAUGUCAACGCUUACUGAAAUCAAGUCUGCGUUACCAGUUGAAGCGGCCGCAAUGAAGGAAUAUAAAUGGAAACCGGUCAUCAAAGCUUUUUUUAAGAAAGGGAUUCUCAAGGGUAACAGUGACCAGCUCCUUGGACUCUUAGAUGUAGCACACUUUGAUACCAAUCUGAAAUCAUUGAACAAUCUGUAUGAAACUUAUGUUCUGAGUGUUGGAGAAUUUGAUGAGAGAAUAUUUUUGGGUGAACAUGCAAAUGAGCAGAUUGGUACCAAGAGCAAUCCUGCAGUAUCCGGUGAUGAGAUAUCGCAAGUUAUUUCUACAUUCGGACCUAGCGGGCGCGCGUGCCCCGACACGCCGCUGACGGGCCGCGGGUACCUGGGCGCGGCGCGCGAGGCGCUGACGCCGGUGUCGGAGGCGCACAACAGCCUGGCGCGCCUGGCCGCCUACACGCGACACGCCAAGCCCAUGCCCUCGGCGCACCUGCUGCGCCUGUUCGCUACAGCUGGUGCAGGACCUGAUCAGACGCCGGUGUCGGAGGCGCACAACAGCCUGGCGCGCCUGGCCGCCUACACGCGACACGCCAAGCCCAUGCCCUCGGCGCACCUGCUGCGCCUGUUCGCUACAGCUGGUGCAGGACCUGAUCAGACGCCGGUGUCGGAGGCGCACAACAGCCUGGCGCGCCUGGCCGCCUACACGCGACACGCCAAGCCCAUGCCCUCGGCGCACCUGCUGCACGCCGGUGUCGGAGGCGCACAACAGCCUGGCGCGCCUGGCCGCCUACACGCGACACGCCAAGCCCAUGCCCUCGGCGCACCUGCUGCGCCUGUUCGCGUGAGUACAGCUGGUGCAGGACCUGAUCAGACGCCGGUGUCGGAGGCGCACAACAGCCUGGCGCGCCUGGCCGCCUACACGCGACACGCCAAGCCCAUGCCCUCGGCGCACCUGCUGCGCCUGUUCGCUGAAUGUGGAGUCAACGAAGAAACCAUCAACAACAAUAUAAUACAACCAUGCAACGGUUGGAUGGAACAGUUCGCGAAUAGCCUGAGGGAGUCCAACUGCAGUGAGCAGACCAUUCAGUUCCGCUGUAACAUGGUCACGUGCUUGUACUACAAAGUUUUCGAACAUAUCAUUAGGGAGGAACACAGGAAAAAGCCACAAGUGUCAUUACAAAUGCUACUAACGCAAGAGACGUACCAACUCACAGUGUACGCGUGUUGUACAGAAGUGGUUUUACACGCGUACGGCGUGCACUCGCUUCGCUUUCCUCGCGUGCUCCAAAUAUACGGCCUUAGCGCCUUCCACUUCUAUAAGAUCAUUGAGCUCGUAGUCCAAGCCGUCGUAGAAAAACUCAGCAGAGACGUCAUCAAGCAUCUGAACACAGUGGAAGAGGAAGUUCUAGAGUCACUGGUCUGGACCUCAGACAGCCCCCUGUGGGACCAACUGGCUAAAUACCCUGUGCCUGCAUCGACAGACGUCUACGUUCAAGAAUCGCCCUUAAGUCGCCGGAAUAAUAAUUCUAUCCUGUCACUCGAAUCUGCAGCUAUAGAUAGGUUUUUGUCUCCGAUGGCUGAUCAGACGAAGAGACAGCUGUUCAAAGACAAUAUCAAACCUGGGCAAUCACUUUUAGCUGUAAAAUCAGAACCAAAUUCAUCAGAACCGUCCACAAGUGCUUCCAAUGGCGAUCCUUCACUUACUCCUAAGAAAUCGAACAAUUCACUAAAUCUGUUCUUCAGAAAGUUCUACAGCCUGGCAGUGGUGCGUAUGAAUGAUUUAUGCGCGAGACUACGGCUGGCCGGCGACGAGCUCAAGCGAAAAAUCUGGACGUGCCUCGAGCACGCGCUCAUGAAGCAGUCGCAGCUCAUGCGCGACCGCCAUCUUGACCAGAUCCUCAUGUGCACCGUCUACGUCGUUUGCAAGGUAUCAAAUAACGCAAACAAUCCUGUGGAAAGAACAUUUGCAGAAAUCAUGAGAUGUUACAGACAGAGACCUUUAGCUGAUAAUCAUGUUUAUAGAUCUGUGUUAAUCACCCCUGCGACUGAAGACAGCCCUGCAGAAAGAAGUGAUUUAAUCAAGUUUUAUAAUAAAGUUUAUGUGCAAUGUAUGCAAGACUUCGCUCUUAGAUUUGCAGGAAGACAAAAAGAGGAGUGCUGCCUUUCCCCGCUGCCGGCCGGGCGCGGCGACGCGGCGUACUCGCCGGCCGGCCAGCGCGUGUCGGAUCGGCACCAGGUGUACGUCAAGCCGCUCACGUCGCCGCUGCCUGCGCACCACCACCUCACCUACCGCUUCAGCCGCAGCCCCGCCAAGGACCUGCACGCCAUCAACACGAUGGUAUCUUGCGAGGUGGGCGGGCUGAAGCGCGGCGGCGGCGCGGGCGGCGCGGCGCUCAAGCGGCCUCGCCUCGGCGCCGCCGGCGUCGCGCGCAAGCUGCACGGCCUCAUGACCGACCGCCAGGCUGUCUAGCGGCACAUCAAAUCAUUUACCACAUGCGAGAAGCGAAGAAGUUCAAUGAAGUUUUACAGAAGUCUUUUUAGUUUUUACCAAAAAAAAAUCGUUCUCCGCUCUCUAGCCAUAUCGUUUUAUUGUUCAAUAACGUUGACGAAUUAUAAAAAAAUCAAUUUAAUCUAAACCGACAAAGAAAAAGUAAUAGAACUAUUAAAACUUGUCACAAUGGGAGAAACUCCUUGGACUGGUUCCAAGUAAAUCAUGAAUUGGUGCUACAUUUAACAUGAAUAAUUUUGUCAGUAGACAAUAUCCACGCUGAUAGUCACUGCAUUCAUAGAGCACAUCCAUUUUGAUCUCAUUUAUUUGUUGAGUGUGAAUAGUAUUGAUAAUGCAUAAUUCGGUGGAUACUGAUAUUUGAUAUUUGCAUGAAAUAUCUGCCUCACGGACUUUGAAAACCAUUUUGUAGUUUGGAGACGAGAUGUGAUGCAAUGUUAAAUAUUAGUAAACCCCUGUAUGUAGUAAGUUGCUCAUUGGUUUUAUAAUUAAGAUUUAAAUUUAUUAAAUACUUUAGUUUCAUGAUUUUAUAUUGAAGCCAUAGUUAUCAAUUAGCUGUAUAACUGUGACUAAGGUAAAAAUAUUAUAUUCCAAAUUAUUUUAUUAUUGUAUGUACGUUAUUGAGUACCAAUACUUACAGUAUAAGACAGACUUGACUGAGAUUUGCCAUAAAAUAUUUUUUAACUCAAAUAAAACACAAUAUUGCAUGUUUGACCAUAUUUAAGUUCCUUACAGUGUAUAUGACUCUUCUUUAUCUUUAUCCUCCUUCGUUUGUGUUAUCUUAUUAUUUUAUUUACUAUUAGUUUGUAAGUAAUCGGAGAAAAGGAUAAAAUCAAUUUGUUUUAACUUCCAAUCAAAAUUAUAUGACUGUAUAUUUCGUACAUAACUAAUGUAUCAUGUAUUUUAAUCUUAGAAUAAACAAAAAUUCCAA